AUGGUAGCAAGAAUCGCUGAAUUUGUGAAAGAUGCGCCGCCGGGCGAGCUUGAGGCGAUCAAGAAGGACAUUGAGGUGUACACGAAUGGCAGCAACGCGGUGUUGAACGACGUCAGCGCAGCGGUUACUUCACACAGUAUGGAUAUACUUCGGCCAGUGCAAUUGAAUGGUAAAUAUACCAUUGUAUCCAAGUAUAACCACAUUGCGGAGGACAAGUUCUUUAGCGACGGAGUCGAGUUCACGGUCGACAAACAGACAGGCAAGGUUAGCGAAACCGGAGAGCACGAACCACCCAGUGCCGACGCCUCGAAAUUGCAGAAAAUGCUUGAUUCGUACAUUACCGAUCACUACGAGGCCGAUACCACUGUUGGCAAGGUGUUUGAUACCGACAAUGGGUUUGCCGCGCUGAUCACUGGGCGGAAACUGAGCCCCCAGAACUACUUUAACGGAGCCUGGAUUGCCAGUUAUGAGAUUGGCCAGCACGGCAGCGUCAAAGGAUCUAUCAAGGUGGAUGUGCACUAUUUCGAGGACGGUAAUGUGCGCCUAAAGUCCACUACUCCAGUAGAUGUUUCGGGUGGUGAUUUGCUAGACGCCAUCAAAGAGAUCGCCAAAGCCGAGUCCGAGUACGAGGUAGCGCUGAACCGGGCGCUUGUUAAUAUCAACGAGCACGAGUUCAAGGCCCUGCGACGCCAGCUGCCGGUGACUCGCUCGUACAUGGACUGGGGCCAAGCGGCUACGUAUCGACUAGGUCGUGACUUGGAGAACCGUGAUUAA